AUGGCCACCACCACAACCGAACGACCGACGGCGGCAGCGACGGCGAGCAGUAACCAGCUGCUGCGGCUGUACCUGUCGCUGUCGACGGCGAGCAAGGUGAUCGCGAAGCAGCACGGCGGCCGCGUCGGCCAGCAGCAGCACCGGUGCAAGACGUGCGGGCGCGCGUUCCCGACGUUCCAGGCGCUGGGAGGCCACCGGACGAGCCACAAGCGGCCCCUGGUGCGCGCGCACGGCCUGGACCUCCUCCUCGGCGCGCGCCCUGGCAAGGGCGCCGCUGCAGGCGCGGCCAGCGACGUGCACCGGUGCAGCACCUGUGGCGCCGUGUUCCCCACGGGGCAGGCGCUCGGCGGACACAUGCGACGUCACAGAGCAGCCUUGCAUGAUGACGGCGAGACGACGACGAGGGUUGUUGUUAAUGCCUUGUCAUCUGGAGAGCUGCAGGGCGAGAGCGAGGAUCAUGACGCCGGUGCCAUUAGGUUAUUCAAGUUCAUAUGA